AUUACCGGCUGUUAUAAUUUAAACAUUCUAUCAAGAAUUUAAAAAUAUCCGCCCGUAUUGCACCAGCUACGAAAAGAGAUAAAUUAAUGAUAAGUGUAAUUAAUGUAUUUUAGAAAUAUGGAUAGUGUAGAAAAAAACCAUAAAAUCAAACAAGAAUUUGUCAUGGAACUUUUUUUAGACACCGAAAGUGUUUCUAUUGUCGAUAGAUUGGCUGCUGCUACAGCAAAUGUGAUAAACGAAAACCAUCAAAAUCUGACCAAAUUUAAUGAUCUUAUGAAAACAGAAUAUUAUCAGCUAUCACAGAUGAUGGUUCAAGAUUGCCAUUCCGGUGUACCUGUUGCCCAUAGGAUUAAAGGUUUCUACGAAGAGACUAUUAGAAAAUUUGGUAAUAACGAAUACAUAGAGAGGUUUAAGAUGAAGAGGUCUACCGUUCAGGCUUUGAUUGCAUUUCUGAAACCUUAUCUAAAACCUGGAAAUGUACCAUUAGAUAAAAAAGUUCAUGUUUUUCUAUGGUUUAUGGUCAAUGAUUCUUCAUAUAGUGACAUAGGAAGAUUAUUUGGAUUACACAAGUCUUCAGUGAGUUACAUAUUCCACGAAAUUGCGUUACUGCUAACAGAAGAGAAGGAACGUUUCAUAAGUUGGCCAUCCGUUGAGAAGCAACAACUAAUCAGUAAUAAUGUCAAUAGCAGGUUUCGAUUUCCAAAUUGUGUGGGAUUUAUUGAUGCAUGUCGCCUAAAAGUUGGUUCUCAAAGAAAUAAAAGGGAAAAACCAGACAUAGUCCUCUUGCAAGCGGUUUGUGAUGAUUACUUGACAUUUGUAGAUGUACACGUUGGAGAUAUUGGGAAAACUAAAAAAAGCAAAUUAUUCAAGGAUAGUUCACUUUCAAAUGAAUUAAAAAUAAAAGUAGAUUUUCAAAAGCACAUACUUGGUGAUUCAGAAUACAAACUUAAAAAAUAUCUGAUAACUCCCUUUACCAGUGAAGAAGUUUUGACAAGUGAAGAAAUGAAAUUUAAUGAAAUUCACUGGAAAACACGUAGUUAUAUAGCACACGCAUUUGAGUUGUUAAAAGAAAGAUUCCGAAAACUUAAUCACAUAGAUGUUUUAAAACCAGAAUCUGUUAAUAUAUUAAUUAUUUCGGCUUGUGUACUUCACAACUUUGUAUUGUUACAUGAAGGCUGUUCGGAAGUCAAAGAAGAAUUGAUAACUUGUGAUGAUGGUGUUACUAUAAAUAGCAAUGUUGUCAAAACAGCAGAAGAGAAAAGACAGUUUUUAUGUAAUUACAUUGAAUACAUGGGUAUUGAAAAUAAUUAACAAAAUAAAUUAUAACGUUUUAAGGGUCUGAAAUAACAAUAAUACUAAAACUCGAAGAUUUUACACUUUUAUUAAUACUUAUUUGUUCAAGUUUAAAAAAUUGCUAAAAAAAUGAAAGUAAAAUAUACAAUAUCUGAUGUAAGUUUCAACGGAAGCUGCAUAUCAUAUGUGUAAGUAAACACAAAAAAUCUAUUAGUAUCAAUAAUAACUGUUUUGAAUUCUUAAGAAUACUUUAUUAUUUUCUACAACUUACUUUAUUAUUACUCUAUUACUAAUAUGUACAGAAAUUAUAUAUUCUUGCUUAACUUAAGACACUUUGAUGAUUAUACGGUGGGAAAACUUAAAGAUUUAGCUGUCUGGUGGUUGUGUCAUUCGCAUAAAUAAUACAUAAAAAAAUUCAACCUAUUUUGCCACCGUAGGUAACCAUGAGCCUACAGUCCAGAUUAUUCUAAGCAGUUAGAGCACUAUGAAAAUUAGCAGUGCUAUUUCUUACUCCAUUUCAGAAAAGAACUUAAAAGUGACUUUUGGAAAUGCAUCAUGGAUAUAGGUAAUGGCUCCAGGUAAUAGGGAUAUACUUGAAAAAAAAAAGUAAGUAUGCGUUACUAUAGUGUACAUUUGUAGAUUUACGUAAUACAAUAUUAUUAUGUAUUCUGAAAUAUUUUAAAUGGUACAAAUAUUGAUUUACAAAUAUAAAUAUUACUAACUUAAAUAUGAUCAAUUAUUCCAAAAGAGCAAAGCAAAUCAUGAUUAACAGUCAUAGUCUGAAGCUAUAAAAUAUUUUAUUCUCAGUAUCCUAAAUAACAUUAGGCACUAAAUUGGCAACCUACAAGGCACUAUGCACUUAGCACAGCAUUACGAUAUACGAUAUUAUGUUGCAUAUGCUUUAACAAGAUAAAAUUAUAUUUAAUAUCUGCUGUAACAUUCGACAGUUCAUUGAAAUCUGCUACAGUAACUACCGUUGUUCUUUGUGAACUUUAAACAUUCUGAAAAGAUGUUCUUGUAAAUCUGAGGGGCUUUUCUCUGCGGACUCAUAAGAGGUUCUACCAACAGUAAGUAGACUUACUGUUGGUAGGACCUCUUGUGAAUCCGCACCUGUAGGUACCACCACCCUGCCUAUU